AUGGGCAACAUAGGCAACGAGAAUCGGGCUUACAAGUCUUGCAACAGUCCAACUACCGUCGGUGCGGGCUCUGGUGAAGCCGCCAACCGCAUACAUCAAGACCUACCAACUUCGAGCGGCAGCAGCGACUCACCUCCUAUGCUUCGAAGAGCAGCAGGGAAAAUACCGCACAUCGGUAUUGUAGGUGCCGGCGUAGCUGGGCUGCGCUGUGCCGACGUGCUGCUCAAGCAUGGCGCCAAAGUAACCAUGUUUGAGGGGCGGGACCGAGUCGGUGGGCGGUUCUGUCAAGGAAAGGUGGGCGAGCAUUUAGUUGAUCUUGGUCCUAACUGGAUCCAUGGCACAGACAACAAUCCCAUACUCGACCUUGCAAAGGAGACAGGUACGGUGACUAUGAAUUGGGAUGGCCGGCAGUCUGUAGUCGAUGCUCUGGGCCAGUAUCUAUCCGACAAAGAAGCAGCAGAGAACACGGAACUUGUGUGGUCCAUCAUCGAACAAGCUAUGAAACACUCAAACGCAGAAUCUGCGACGAUUGAUUCGGGAAAGAGCUUGUACAAUUUCUUCGAAGAAGCGGUGCAGAAGCUGUUCACAAAUGACAGCCAGGAAGAGGCGAAGAAGAAGAGAGAGACAAUCUUACACAUGUCAGAGAUGUGGGGUGCAUUUGUCGGCAGUCCGAUUCAGCAACAAAGUUUGAAGUUCUUCUGGAUGGAAGAAUGUAUCGAUGGAGAGAACCUGUUUGUUGCGGGGACGUACAAGAAAGUGCUUGAGAAAAUUGCAGCACCCGCAGUCGAAGCAGGGAUCAGGUUUGGACAUAGGGUUGAGAAGCUGAUAUCGAGUUCCGGAGCGGGUGGCGAAGAUGCCAAAGUGACUGUCGAGUUGGAGGGUGGGGAAAGCGAGACGUUUGAUGAAGUCGUUAUGACAGCACCGCUGGGUUGGCUGAAGACAAAUUUGGAUGCCUUUGAGCCGGCGUUGCCGCAGAGACUGCAGGAAGGUAUCGCAGCGAUUGGGUAUGGGCAUCUGGACAAGGUCUACAUCACCUUCCCGACCCCUUUCUGGAACACUACAAGCUCCAGUGCUGCCUCUCGAGAUACUUCCGCAAAACCACCAUCCGCCACCUCCCCCACACGUCCAAAUGUCCCUGCAACAACCGCGCCGGUCCACCAACUCGGCGCCUCCGACUCACCUGUCGACCCCUCGCACUACGCCGGCUUCACAUCCUUCAUCGCGCCCUCGUACGCAAAUCCCACCAACCCGAAGCACUGGAACCAAGAGGCCGUCAACCUCGCUGCCCUACCCGGCUCCACCGCGCACCCAACCCUCUUAUUCUACACCUACGGACCCACAAGUCAGCACGUCGCGGAUCUCGUGACUGCACACCCGGAUGCUGCAGAGCAAAAGAAGGCGUUGUCGGCAUUCUUCAAACCCUACUACUCCCGACUGCCAAGCUUCGACAGCGAAAACCCGGAUCACACGCCCAGCGCUGUCCUUGCAACAGCCUGGGCGAACGACGAGUUAGCCGGGUACGGAUCGUACGCGAAUUUCCAGGUGGGGCUGGAGAGAGGCGAUAAGGACGUCGAGGUCAUGAGGCAGGGUGUCCCGGAGAGGGGUGUUUGGCUCGCGGGGGAACACACGGCGCCGUUUGUGGCGCUGGGGACGGUUACGGGGGCUUGGUGGGCCGGAGAUGGGGUUGCGAAGCGGAUUGUGCAGGCUUGGGGGUUGGGGAGGGCGCAGGUGGCGGUUGGUGAGAAGGCUUGA